AUGUUCAUGGUAUACACCAAUACACCUUGGUCCUUGGAUACAGCAACAGCGCGGUUUUAAAAUAAUAAUCUGUUUAAUUUUUUAUCUUACUUCUUAGGGCCAGUUGUACCUACCAUCUCCGGACUCCGAUUAAAGUUAACCGUAGUUUAAUCGGCCGAAUUUACAAAAAAAAAAAUAGCUGGUUAAAAAUGUGUUAUCAGCUAAUUAACUCUUAAUCACUGAUUAAUCAUGGACAGUACAACCAGGCCUUAGCCCUUAGUUCUCAGUUUCUCACUUUCCUCAGAAGUCAGAGUUAAUGUAAAUGUGUAAUCACUAAUCAGCUAUCAGCACUCAACAAUCGUCAGUACUAGCUAGUAGCUAGUAAGUUAGUAACCUAGUGUCUUAGUAGUUAGUUAGUACUUAGUAACUUUACCUAUAGACACGAUGAAAGACUACAUUCGAGAAUGUUACUAAUUUAUUCUUCUAUUAUAUUUGUAUAAUUAUUGUAUAAUACAAUAUUGUGUGUGCGCAGUUAGAUAAUUAGUUUGUUAAGUUUGUUUAAAAUUAAAUCGACAGGUGCCUCGAAGCAACGUUUUACAGAAAUUGAUUUCUAACAUUUUACCUAGACAGUCAUUUAAAAUGGUAAAAUAUUUAAAACAAGAUGAAGCCAUCAAUAUCGAUCAAGAACUGUUCAACGUGUAUAAAUUUAGUGUUGAUCAACUUAUGGAGCUGGCUGGCUUAAGUUGUGCAACAGCUAUACAAAAAUGCUUCCCACCAAUAAGUCAUCAAAAAGUGUUGGUACUUUGUGGACCAGGUAACAACGGUGGUGAUGGUCUGGUGUGCUCAAGGCAUAUGCAACUAUUUGGUUACUCAUGUGAAGUAUAUUAUCCUGUGCGUACAGACAAGCUUUUGUACAAUAAUCUUAUGCAUCAGUGCGAGACAUCUGGUGUACUUGUGUCUGAUUCCUUGUCUGAAAACAUGUCUACAUAUGACCUCAUAGUAGAUGCAUUGUUUGGUUUUAGUUUCAAGCCACCAGUACGAGCAAAAUUUUUGCCAGUCAUGAAUGCAUUGAAAAAAACCAACAAACCAAUCUGUAGCAUAGAUGUCCCGAGUGGUUGGAGUAUAGAAGGAGUUCCUGAUAAAGAUGCAAUCAAUCCAGAUAUGUUGAUUUCAUUAACAGCACCAAAGGAAUGUGCCAGAAGUUUCAAAGGAAAAUAUCAUUAUUUGGGUGGAAGAUUUAUACCGAAAAAGCUGGAAGAAAAAUACCAGUUGGAAUUGCCUGCAUAUCCUGAUGCAGAAUGUUGUUUAAAAUUAUAAAAUUGUAAAUAAUAUGACGUAAUGUUUAAUUUAAUUUUAAAAUUUUAAGUUAAUGUAUACUUGUUUUUUGUUGAUUCAGAAAAAUGUUAGAUAAAAAAUAAAUGUAAAUUAUAGCAUUGA